GAUCCAAGUAAGCUCUGAAAACCAAUUCGACCUUCAAGGGAGUUGACUCUGAAGAGGAGAGCAGAAAAUGUUCAUUACUCGAGAUUCUCUGGAACUAAACAGUUCGUGUGCUCCCAAAAAGAAAAUCACAUAUAUUUUAUAUAAGAAAAGCCGGAAAUGCCUACGAACGCGAAUGGCUUGGUUGGUGGCCCAAAGAAGUUCUACGGCAAUGGCCGUCGUCUCAAAGAUGGUCUCGAGAUCCGUAAGAAGACUUUCCGUACCGAUGUACGCCGAACAGCCGCACAAUAUGAUCCUUGGCUGCGCUUGCGCUUCCGCAGCGCGGGCUUGGAGGAGCUGAGACAGGUGACGGCAGCCUUCGCAACCGAUAUACUGGACGAUAUGGUGGCCGUGCAGAUGCACGGUAGACGCAGAACUGCGGGCGUCAAGCGCAAGCCAAUGCGGCGCGUUAGGAAGGAUAAUGUGUUGCCGAAGCGAGGACGAAGGAAAACAAAAGCUGGCCGCAAAACCCAAACGGCCCGAUAUAGCAGCCAAGCUGUCGCGGCUAACCAGGCAGCACUGGCAAUUCAACCCGGACAACCUGGAGAGCCAGGCUGGCGGAACUAAGCUGUAGGCGGGCAUAACUGGGCGGAGAGGGAAGAAUGUGACGGGUGUGGGCAAAGGAUUUAGAUUUAAAUAGGAAUUAACGUUUUGAAUUUCGAUUUGUUCGAUUUAUUCUCAAAAUUAAAACUUUGGCAGCGCAAAAAAACACAAA